CAUCCCAAGCCAACAAGAUGAGAACUACAAUUUUAUUACUGGUGAUCGUGCAAGUAGUUUUAGGUAAUAAAACUUAUUCCAUACCCAACUUUGAGGCGAAUUGGUACAAAGCUUACGAAUAUUGUCUUUCCAAAGAUCAGAGAUUGGCAACGAUCGAAAGUGAGGCGGAGAGCGAUGCCGUUAUUCAGUUUGUCAAAAACUCGGAUAAGUAUGGCGAUAGGAUUCGUUUCUGGAUCGGUGCCGGUGAUCUGGCACAAGAAGGAACUUAUACCUGGACGUCCACUAAUAAGCUCUUGAAGUACGCGAUCUGGGGAAAAAACGAGCCCAACAACAGGUACGGAAACGAGCAUUGCAUAGAAUUAUAUCACCGCGCAGAAAUCUGGCUCUGGAAUGAUCACGUUUGUGAAUACGAAUUCUACUUUAUCUGUGAAUCGUUCACGGCCGUAUGUGAUAGUAAUUAAUGGCUGGAAAACGUAG